AAAACCGGAUUUAAUUUUAGCCUGUGACCUAUUCUCUAACAUACAUACAUAUAUAUUUACGACACCUUCUCGAUUCUUCCACUACAUUUUCGCGUAUGUGAUCUUCUCCGCACCACAUUUCACAGUUAUUGAACCAGAACUUCCAUUCUCGAUACUCGAGGAUUUUGAUUUGAAUAGUAGAAAUGGCGACGAAGAAGAGCGUUGGAUCAUUGAAGGAAGCCGAUCUGAAGGGGAAGAGAGUUUUCGUCAGAGUGGAUCUGAACGUGCCUUUGGAUGAUACCUUCCACAUCACCGAUGAUACCAGGAUUAGGGCCGCCGUCCCUACUAUUAAGUACUUGAUUGACCACGGCGCCAAAGUCAUACUCUCCAGUCACCUCGGGCGUCCAAAAGGCGUCACACCAAAGUACAGUUUGAAGCCCCUUGUUCCUAGACUCUCUGAGCUUCUUGGAGUUGAGGUGAGGGUGGCUAACGAUUGUAUUGGUGAAGAAGUUGAGAAGUUGGUAGCUAGCUUGCCCGAGGGAGGCGUUCUUCUCCUGGAAAAUGUUAGAUUUUACAAAGAGGAGGAGAAGAAUGACCCUGAGUUUGCAAAAAAGCUUGCAUCCCUUGCCGACUUGUAUGUUAACGAUGCAUUUGGAACUGCACAUAGGGCUCAUGCUUCAACUGAAGGGGUUGCCAAGUACUUGAAGCCUUCUGUUGCUGGAUUCCUUAUGCAGAAGGAGCUUGAUUAUUUAGUUGGGGCUGUGGCCAAUCCGCAGAAGCCAUUUGCAGCAAUUGUUGGUGGUUCAAAGGUAUCCAGUAAAAUUGGUGUUAUAGAGUCACUGUUAGAGAAGGUAGACCUCCUCUUGCUUGGUGGAGGAAUGAUCUUUACGUUCUACAAAGCCCAAGGACAUGCUGUGGGAUCUUCACUUGUAGAGGAAGACAAGCUUGGUCUUGCAACUUCACUUAUGGAGAAGGCUAAAACUAAGGGUGUUUCUCUCUUGCUACCUUCUGAUGUAGUUAUUGCUGACAAGUUUGCUGCUGAUGCUAACAGCAAGGUUGUUCCGGCAUCUCAAAUUCCUGAUGGCUGGAUGGGUUUGGAUAUUGGUCCCGACAGUAUUAAAUCAUUCGGUGAAGCUUUGGAGACUACCAAGACCAUCAUCUGGAAUGGACCUAUGGGCGUCUUUGAAUUUGAUAAGUUUGCAGCAGGAACAGAGGCCAUUGCCAAGAAAUUGGCGGAACUUAGUGGCAAGGGGGUGACGACAAUCAUCGGAGGAGGUGACUCUGUUGCUGCUGUUGAGAAGGUUGGUCUGGCAGACAAGAUGAGCCAUAUCUCAACUGGAGGGGGUGCCAGCUUGGAACUUCUCGAGGGGAAGACACUACCUGGAGUUCUUGCUCUUGAUGAUGCUUAAGCAAUCGUUCCUGCUAUUUUUCAUUUUUGUCCAUCCCUCAGUUUUCAUGUCUGGUUUUGGCCAGAGCGUGUUUACAUUACUGUCAGAGCUGGCCUUGUAGAGUGGUAGAUCAAAUUUAAAUAAUCUCUACCAUGACUUGAAAUUCAUGCUUUGCUGAAUAACAAUUUUUUUCUGGUUUUGCUUGUUGAUAUAAUGGAGUGAUGAUUUCAGGAUUCUCCUACCGCUUGCAUGUUUUGUGAUACUGGAUGGAGUGAAUGAAGACUACCACACGGUGCACAUAUGAAA